AUGGGCAUACAAGACCUACAAACGUUUUUAGAAAACGAAGGAGUAGGAGUAGACUUAUUUAGAAUCGCCAGAACUCAUCCUGGUGGUUUUCGCUUAGUACUUGACGCAGAAGGGUGUCUAGAUCGUUUAUAUGGUGGAUAUUUUUCUGAUUGGGCAUGUGGUGGUCAGUGGGCAAGAUGUGUUCAGUUCUUAACCACUCUGGCACAAGCUUUAGCUGAACACCAGGUAGCUCUGUGUGUGUGUUUUAAUGGAGCCCAUCCAACGCCCCCAGCUUUGCCCCAACAUUGGAUCCAGACACAAGCUACAUAUAGACAAAGAGUUAACUCUGUUCUGCGUCAUAUAGUAACUAAAGGUACUCCACCGCCCAAAGUUUGGUGGGUCCCACCAACUGGUUUACACUCCUGCCUUCGGACAGCAUUGAGAUAUCUUAAUAUACCAAUUAUGGUGUCCUCUGAUGAUCAUUGCCAAGAAGUAGUUGGGCUUUGCCGAGAGAAAGCAUAUGCAGGGUUAGUUGGUUGCUCUGGAGAAUACUUAGUUUUUCAACCACCAAGGUAUUUCAGUUCAUCGCAAUUAAAACUUACAUAUCGGUCAUCAUUGGAAACAAAGGAAUAUAUGGUUCAUGAGUUACCAAAAGUAUUAGAUGUGCCUCAAGACCGUUUGUGCCUCUUUGCUGCGCUUCUCGGAGGAGUAAUUCUUUCAGAAAAUGGUUUGACUGACUUUUACAAACGUCUUGGGAUCAAUCAGAAGAAGCAACAAGUACCGCCAGAGAAUAUAAUGAAAGCAAUUGGUCAGUUUGUUCGUGAUUUACCAUCAUCUGAUAUUGAUGCGGCAUGCAUUGAAGUUUUUGGUGAUCUCAAUGAUCUGCGUGCUGCCAAACUUAAACAAGCUGUUCAGUAUUAUUUUAAUGGCACCAAAGAUGGAUUUUUAAAGUAUAGAACUGCGUCUGGUCGUCGUCCUAAAAAUAACAAAAAGAACCACAAACCCGAACAUAGUCCACCAUCCACAUCAGCCGAUAUGGACACUUCCAAACUUGCAACCGAGUCUUCGGAGCAUGAGCUAAAAGGCUUGGAAGAUUACAAAUUGGCCACAGUUAACGCGUCGAUUAAUGCAGACUUUAGCUUAGAAGAUCAUAGUAACGAGUUGAGUCACGGUGUCGCAUCGAUGUCGCUGGAGACCGCGGACCCGCACGGCACACAGCUCCAACCGUCAUCCAAGGAGGGAAUGCCCACAGUAAGCGCAAACUUGCAAAGCGAAGACAAUUGUCCCAGUGCACCGGCCGAGGUGCUCCGUACGUGCGCAGAGAGACACACACGCGGUCUCAUGCACCCACAGAUGCUAUCCAUCCUUACGCAUAGGCAGAUUACGUUGCCUGUGCUGAUGGAAGACGACAAUCAUCGAGAAAUACCAUCUAUACACCACUUUUACAGACCGAUCAGGCAAAAUGUAUAUGCAAUAUUGUACAACAUGCAUCAUCACCGCUUUAUGGCCCACAAAGCUAAGGAGGAAGGCACUGCAACUACAUCAAUGUGCAAUGAACGUCCAUGCACAGUCCAAGUUGCUGAAUGGAUUUACUCAAGAGUGAAUCCCGGCAAGAGUCCAGAAAUUGUUCCUGGAGUUGUUUUAGACUGGCCGGUGCCCACUGUGCAGAGAUUAUGGUUUGGAACUGCUCAAGAUGACAAGUGUCGUCGUAUGAGAGCUUUUCUCUCGUGCAUGAAAUCGGAUACACCAUUGAUGCUAAACACUUCAUAUGUGCCACAACACCUUCUGAUAUUAGCAACAGUGCUAAGAUUCAUCAUGACAUCUCAAAUCCAAAUCCUGAGGCGACAGGAGUUGGACGCGUUCUUAGCAACAACUUUCUCUAGUGAUCUCAUGAACGCUCUUCACUUGCAAGAGAUGGCGGUGAAUGGUAUAAGCUCUCGCGGUGUGCAACUAGGUGCACUUGUGAUGGCCGGCGCGGAAGCGGCAUUGCUGGCUAACGACGCGUGUGGUGCACCAGUACCGUGGUUGGUGGCCGCGCCCUGGCUCUAUUUCGAUGGCAAACUACUGCAGCGUAACCUCCACCGCGCGAAUCACUGCAAACACCUCGCUCAGCUUUGCGACAAUCAUCUUGAUACUGUUGUUAAGGUGGAGCGUAUGCGCAAAGCGAUUUUAGAAGGUUUGGAGGUUGAGUUCGCUAUACCACCGUUACCACUAGUGGGUGUGGUGGGUGAGCCGUUGGGGGGCUGGCGUGGUCGUGGGCGCGGCGCCAGACUGGAGAUAGCUGGCGUCGUAGUAGGGCAAUGGGGUGGUGGUAGCUACCCGCCAAGAACGACGCGUUACCCACAGGUUAGCUAUGGAUACACGCCUCCACCACGUAACACAUAUAGUGGACGCGGUUGGCGCGGCGGUCGUGGGCGUGGUCGUGGACGCGGAGUGCAGAGUGCUCGUGGUGGGCGUGGCCGAAGGGUUCGCCGCGACACCGAUGAGCCUGUGCGCCCUGCUACUAUCGCUGUCAACGGGAAAACUGUUAGAUCUGAUGAGAUGAGUCCCCCUGUCGACGACGGUAGUCCCCACGAAGACAACGCCCUUUUCGACGACGCCGAAGGAGCUCAACAACAGAAGAUAAAGACUGGAAAAAAUGCCAAGAAAAAUAUGGGCAAGGGCAAAAAGAAGUCGACGAAGACCGAUGUGGCUCAAUCGUUGGAGGCCAACGGACCUCUCGAUAAGAACAAGGUCCAGGAGCAAACUAAUAUCUCGGAACAGGAGCAUAUCGGUCAAGGCGACGCGCCUGUUACUAAUUAG